AUGACUAACAAGAGCAGCAUUCUCAAUCCACUAGCAUGGAGAGCGCGACUGGAGUUAGACUCAUGGUCUUUUCUCCUUAUGCUGAAAGGCGCAUUACCGCCAACGAUAGUCAUCGCCAUCCACCAGAGUGAUGCCAUCGCCGACAUCACACUCACAAUCGGCUACCUAUCCGCCCUGAUCUCCGUGCUCUCUCAGGCAUUAAUGCCGCGCGCAAAGUUCAUGAAGAUCAUGUUCUUCGACCUCCUAUCGACCUGCGUUUCAGCCUCGCUAUGCUGUCUAGCAGUCUACUGCGCCGUCGAGGCAAGGAAGCACAACACGCCCGCCGACGCCAGCGAGAGCGUCCGGAACGGCUUCAGUAGCGACGCUUGCGCUGUAUCCGCCAUCUGGUUGAUUUUUAUGAUCUGGGCCGCGAAUACUCUCCGCGCCCUCCGCCCAAUGGAACUCCAGGACCCGAUGGUUGCGUUCUCCAUCUUCUGCUCUGUCACCAUCACCCGCGCCGGAACCUUCGUGACUCUAUCCGAAGGUCUAACUUUCAUCGCGCGCCUGCUGAAAGGCUUCAUGAUUGGAUUCGCCAUCGCCACCGGGGUGUCGCUGUUCAUCGUGCCAAUCACCAGUCGCGGUGACGUUUUUCAUGACGUUAGGGGAUACGCGUCGCAGAUUGAUGCGCUGUUGAAAGCCCAGAUUGACUUUGUGGUUGGGAGUGAGGAUGUAUGGAUUGGUGGGAGGGGGUUGUUGGGUCGCACACGCACGGCGCGGAGUAUGCGGGAGGCGGAGGUGCCGGUGGAGUCGGGGUUGGAGGGGAAGCGGAAUCGGCUGGCAGCGGGGAUGGGGAGGUUGAAUGCGCUGCAUGGGAAGUUGCAGUCGGACCUGUUCUAUUCGACGAAUGAGUUUGCGUGGGGGAAGCUCUCGGCGGAGGAUUUGAAGCAGGUGGGUGCGUUGAUCCGGAGUCUGUUGCUGCCUCUGUCGGGAAUGGCCAUGUUGCCAGAGAUCUUGGAGAUGGUCAUCAAUGAUGAAGGGACGAGGGAUAGUUCAGGGGAUAUCCCUGAUGAGGAGGAGGAUGCUGAGAAGCAGGCGUUGCAACGUUCGGAGAUACAGAGAGUUGUGCAGACGUUGCAUGACAGGCUCGUGGAGGCGUCGAAUCUAACGACAACAGGCUUGCAGUAUGUUCUUCUCGCGUUUGAGUUGAUCAAGCCAAAACAUCUGGAAGGGCAUCUCAACGCUCGACCAGAUGAGGAGUCUCGAGCAGGCGUGUUGAGUCCGCUCCAGCCAGAUUUUACCGGGCGAUUUGAAAAUCAGCUCCAGAAAUACUAUGCCUCGCGCAAACACCUGCCGCGCGCUCUCGCUUCGCUAGAGGCCUUUUCAGUCCCCGAAAAAGUGUCAGAUUAUACCUCCGAUGACCCGCGCACACUCGCUGCAGACUCCGACGUGCGACAGGAGUUCUUCCUCAUCCUCUACAUGGGUCAUUUACAAGAGACCCUGCUCCAAGCCACGCUCGACCUGGUCAAGUUCGCGGACAGCAAAAUCGCCGACGGGACCAUGAAGCGCAACCGGGUCAUCUUCCCCAAACAGAACUCGAUUCUAGCAUGGAUCUCGCUCAACCCCGAGAAAAAAGAAUCCGACAGCACGCCGGGUAGACAGUCCUCACAAGCUGAUCAGUCGACGGUACACGAUCUCCCGUCUGGCCACUUACCCGACCCCGAGCAUCUGCCUCCGGCCAACCUGUUCGAAAAAGGCAGCACCAUCCUCCGCGUGAUCUCCCGUGUCAUUCGCUCGGAGCAGAGUCUGUUCGGGUUCCGAGUCGCAGCGGCUUCCUUCAGCGUGGGCAUCCUGGCCUUUCUGCACCAGACUCAGGACUUCUUUAUCCAUCAGCGGUGUAUCUGGGCGAUGAUUGUCAUCGUGAUCGGGAUGAACCCGACGAGCGGACAGACCAUGUUCGGUUUCAUGGCUCGGAUCGCAGCGACUGCCAUCUCGUUAGUUCUGAGCUUGGUUAUCUGGUACAUCGUGGAUCAAAAGACUGCAGGAGUCAUCGUAUUCCUGUACCUCGCCAAUGUCUUCGAGUACUACUUCUACAUCAAAACCCCCCAAUACUUCGGCGCGGCCGUCAUCUCCAUCGUAACCCUAAACGUGAUCAUUGGGUACGAGCUGCAAGUCCGAAAGCUCGGGCUCGAAGCAGCCACCUCCAACGGCCAACCCUACUACCCGAUCUACCUCUUCGGUCCAUACAAACUGGCCGCCGUGGCCGCUGGCUGCGCGAUCUCUUUCUUCUGGGUGAUUUUCCCGUACCCGAUCACGGCUAAAUCGACGCUUCGGAAAGCGCUGGGAAGGGGGCUUUUCGUCCUCGCGAGGUUUUAUAGUUGUAUGCAUACUACUGUUGAGAUGUGGUUGGUUAGUGGGGAGGUGGUUCACCAUAACUAUGAGCAAAGCCAUAGCAGGGACAACAGCGAUGCCAACACUGCCACCCCCCAGGUUGAUAAUACCAUGGACUCAACACGCUCCGCCCUCGAAACCGCCCUCCACAACAUCUUCAAAGAAGAAAUGAUCCUGCUGAACCAACUCCGCAUGCACAGUCACUUUAGUACCUUUGAGCCUGCCAUUGGCGGAAAAUUCCCGAAACCGGUCUACGACAACAUCAUUGGCGAGAUUCAACGCAUGUUGACUAGUAUGGCCUUGAUGGCGCAGACGACGCGGACGUUGGAUGCAUUGGCUCCAAGGAGUACUACCACCAUCCACCCAGAGAGUAACGAUAAUGAGAUCAGCAACGACAACGACAAUGAUAACGAAAAUAAAAAUCAAAAUUCAUGGAUAUCCCGCCUCGCUACCAUCGCCCUGCACUCCCCCGAUUUCACCUCCCACGCCACCACAUCCCUGCUCUGCCAUCUCUCCGCAUCUUUAACAAACGCACAACCCCUACCACCAUAUCUCUCAACAGGCGACUCGUUUCCGCUAGCGCGCGAGCUGCAGAAAAUCGACGGCGAGAUGUUGAGUAUUCGACAUGUUGAGGAUCCGGCGUUCUCGGCAUUUGUGACCCUUGAGGUCCUCCGAUCUGUGGUAGGGUUUGGGUUGAGGGGGUUGGUUAAGGAUGUGAAAGGGUUAGUCGGUGAGCUAAGUUUCAAUUUCCAUGGUCGACGGGACUCUUUGGAAUGGGCUGAGUCGAGACGGUUGAUAUCGGAUCGUGAUUAG